AUGUCCUUUCUUUCUUUUCUCGGACACAAAAACAAUUUCACACACUGUCCGGCUGUAACAGAGACAGCUCGGUUUCCAAAUCCGGCUCACUGCAACAAGAGUGUACACUUUCUCUCUCUCUCUCUUUGGUUUUCUUUUUUCUUUCCUUCUUCUUCUUUACACAAUUCAGCAUAUAACAGAGGUAUACACUUUCUUCUCUGGUUUUCCUUUUUCUUUCUUUACACAAUUCAACUUGUAAUAGAGAUAUAUGCUUUCUUCUCUGAUUUCCUUUUUUCUUUAAACGCAGGCUCAAUCCUCAGCAUAUUACUUUCUCUGCGUCUUCAACUUGGGAUUCUCGAACAGGAAUAUUUCUUAUAUUUCUGGGUUGAACUGGAUAAGUUCCAUCACUAUCAAAUGCGUCUUAUCUUUCCAUUCAAAAACUAUCAGCGCUUCGGCUUCAGGUCUUGCCUUUUCAAACUUAAGAUAACAACUGAUUCUCGAGUGAAUCUCUGA